GAAGUGGAGAUAAGAUCAGUAGUUGAUCAACUUCUCCAUCUUCUCAAUUUUUGGACGGUUACAAAGUUAAACGCCGUACGAUGGUGACUUUUGCAAUUGCUGGCACUACGCUGUCGGUAUUGAAUGGCGUACUUCGCGUUGCCCUCGAAAUUUCUCGACUGCAAGAUGUUGAUCAAGAUUUGAAGAAUUGUCUUGACUUCCUUGUAGGGAUAAACUCCGACCUCAAUCGUGCUCAGGAGCUGCGAAUCGAAAAGUUUGCCGAGAUGAACAGUGCAUCUGUGUCGGGCGAACGCUUUUACAUCGACGGUGUUAUUGAAAGGAUGGAGAAAGGAGCACUAGAGAUGGGUCGACUGAUUGUGGAAUACCGUGUUGCCAGUGAAACCAACGAUUCUAUACCUAUUUCACUGCGAUGCAUGUGGGUAAUGAAGGUGAAAGAGCUCUUUAAGGAACGGCAGGCGUUCCUCAAUACAACACAUUUAAGCUUGCUGAGGGUGAUUUCAAGAAUGGAAACAAUGACGCGACCAGUUGCUCCGCCAUCCUAUAUCGAGGCAAAAGAAUCAAUGUACUCGCAAGCUCUUCAAAGCUCCAGUCAACAACAUUUAUUGAUAGGCAAAGGCUCGAUGGUGUUGGGACAGUCACGAAUCAUGAAAAUUCAAUCGGAGGAUUCAAAUGUUCUUCGAAGCCCUAGUCAACAACGCGCAUUGAAAGGCAAAAGCUCAAUGAUUCUGGGGAAAUCUUAUAUGGGGACAACACAAUUGGGAGACUCGCACAUACUUCGAAGCCCUAGUCAAAAUCGCUUAUUGCAAGGCAAAUGCACUAUGAUUCUUGAAGUCGUAGAGAGAUAACCGCAGAGGGUUCUGAGAUGAAUCGGUUUUGUUUUAGUGUCUCGAUCACUUAAGUCUAUAGCCACGAAUAUUACUCUCGCAAGCAACACUUUAAUCGCUGUAACUCGAUAGUUGGGAUGGUAAAGGUUAUGCGCAAUUCUCGUUGCGAAUUCGGGAUCUUUUCUAAGAAGUGUUCCCUGGAGUAGUGUUAGAACACGAUCUUCGGUCACUGAUACCAGGCUGUUGUGAUAAUACGCUGAAUGGAAGUUGAUGGGCAUUUAGAGACUUUUGGCCAGAUCAAAAAUCUUACGAUCAUCGUCAGGCUGUAUAUGGUGUCUUUUUGGGACAAAAAGUGACAAAAACCAACUUUUUAGUGUAGAUUGCUAGUUUUUUAAUAUAAAUUGCUA